AUGGGAAUCUGUUUCAGUGGAUACACAGAUGCCCAAAGCAACCUGAACUACUGCAUUUCCCAGGGGGUUAUUCCUUACAUCUGCAGUGGCUCUGAGGUUACUUGCACCAAGUGGUUGACGGUCGGAGGAGCUGGCACGACCACGGACCGACAGGUUUUGAGUGGUACGGUAAGCCUAGCUGCAGCCAUCCGGACUGCAGGCUUCGAUGGGGUCAUCUUCGAUUCGGAGUAUGUUGAGGCAGUGGCGAAUUCCGCAGACCUAGUGGACGACUUUUAUGGAGCCACUGCAAACUUGUCGGCUGCAGGCCUAAAGGUUGGAAUUACCACAAGCCACAGUGCGCCUUUGGGAUGCACCAACUGCAUUGCCGCAAAUGUGGUGAUUGGUUGGCUUGCGGAUCCAAACCUUGACUGGAUCUCCCCACAGCUCUACAGCAAUGGCUACACACUGGAGCUCGUGCCAACCUCGGAUUGCUCGAGCGAGUCGCCACCAUGUACUUGGGACAUUUACGAAAACGCCAUUGUGCCAAUUGUGCCUUCGAUCCCUUAUGCCUACAUGUACGAUGAAGCUUCCACGAACGCAGUGGACUUCUUUAAGGACAACUACAACAUCACGUUGCAGGGAUACAUCCAGUGGAUCCAAGUAACGGAUAGCAGCUUCGAUCCCGACCCGAGUCCGAGUCCUUCCCCAUCGCCAUCGCCCAAGGGUUACUACGGGCGCAAGAAGUGGUUUGGUCGGUGA